AGAUCGUUUAUUAUUAUAACAGUGAAGACAAAUUUCCAAAGGAAAUUCACAUACCCAACUGCAAUGUUCCGUGCUCACUUACCCAAUUCAGCAAUUCUAUAAAUCAUCUGUUACUGGACGAUUACGAUGAUACAUGCGAAAAUCCUACCACAGACUGCAAAAACUAGGAGCGCUUGCAAAAUUAAUUAUGGAUAAGGACAUUUUUACAAAAUGUUAUUUCUAACAUUUGAAGACUAAUAAUGUGUAAGAACUUCCACAACAAGUUGAAAUGCAUAGAACCUACUGAUAAAAAUAAUAUGUUGCUUAUUUUAUCUGAAUAUUGUUAUAAUUACGGAAUGGCAAUUUUUAAAUCCCCAAAUUGGGGUAAUGCAUAAGGGAAAUUCAGUUCACUUAAUACCGAAAUUUGGUGCAAAAGUACCUAUAAGCAAUCAUUUCUAAAUCAAAACAAAUCGCAUGUAUAUGUUAAUAUUGUAAUGAAAUGAGCAAAUUCCAAACUUUAUUUAUUUUUUAGAAUACAAUUUGUUGAAAUAUUGGAAGGAUUUGCUAUUUACAAGAAAUCAGAAAAGAAAUAUAUAAUUGUAAAUAAUAAAUAUCACGUUUGCUGGCAACGCCAAAGUCCUGUCGGCAACGAGUCAAUUCAAUGAAAA